AAAAGUUACAGUCAAAAACAUGUUUUAAUCUGUCAUAUGAGAAUUCACACAGGUGAGAAGCCUUUCACUUGUUCAACCUGUGGAAAGAGUUUCAGUGACAGAGGGACUUUAACUCGGCAUAUGAGAAUUCAUACAGGUGAGAAGCCUUUCUCAUGUGGGACCUGUGGAAAGAGUUACAGACAAAAAACGAUUUUAACUUGGCAUAUAAGAAUUCACACAGGUGAGAAGCCUUUCACUUGUGGGACCUGUGGAAAGAGUUUCAGUGUAAAAACGAAUUUAACUAGGCAUAUGAGAAUUCACACUCGUGAGAGGCCUUUCACUUGUUCAACCUGUGGAAAGAGUUUCAGUGACAGAGGGACUUUAACUACGCAUAUGAGAAUUCACACAGGUGAGAAGCCUUUCACUUGUUCAACCUGUGGAAAGAGUUUCAGUGACAGAGGGACUUUAACUAGGCAUAUGAGAAUUCACACAGGUGAGAAGCCUUUCACUUGUUCAAACUGUGGAAAGAGUUUCAGUGUCAGAGGGACUUUAACUCAGCAUAUGAGAAUUCACACAGGUGAGAAGCCUUUCUGGUGUGAGACCUGUGGAAAGAGUUUCAGUGUCAGAGGGACUUUAACUCGGCAUAUGAGAAUUCACACAGGUGAGAAGCCUUUCACUUGUUCAACCUGUGGAAAGAGUUUCAGUGUAAAAGCGAAUUUAACUGCGCAUAUGAGAAUUCAUACAGGUGAGAAGCCUUUCUCAUGUGGGACUUGUGGAAAGAGUUACAGACAAAAAACGACUUUAACUAGGCAUAUGAGAAUUCACACAGGUGAGAAGCCUUUCUGGUGUGAGACCUGUGGAAAGAGUUUCAGUGUCAGAGGGACUUUAACUCGGCAUAUGAGAAUUCAUACAGGUGAGAAG